AUGAACCUUCUCUUGCUGCUGACGUUAACAUUCGGGAUCGCUGCCCUGUAUGUUCUUCUUGACACGAGGCGGAAAAAGGCCUGUGGGCCAUUGCCACCAGGGCCUUCGCCGCUGCCUGUCGUCGGCAACAUCAAGGAUCUCCCGCCAAAGGGAGAACAAGAUUGGGUACACUGGCUGAAGCACAAAUCUGGCUAUGGUCCGAUCAGCUCGAUCACGGUACUGGGACAAACGAUCGUGAUUGUGAAUGACUCCAAAAUCGCACUAGAUUUGCUGGUCAAGAGAUCUUCAAUUUACUCUUCUCGACCCAGGAUGACCUUCGCGUCAGAGAUGGUAGGAUGGGAAGAUGGUCUCGCAUUCCAAGGCUAUACCGACCGGUUCCGCGCUUAUCGCAAAGCAAUUCAACCGAGUUUUGGCUCGGAGUCGGCAGUUACACAGUUUAAUGCCUUGCAAGAUGUGGAAGCUCGACGAUUCCUCUUUCGUGUGCUGAAAGAUCCCGCGAAUCUUUUGCAGCAUAUUCAGACUGAGGCUGGAGCAGUGAUUCUCAAUAUUGCCUACGGUUACCGAGUUGAGCCUUUCGGUCGGGAUCAUUUGGUUCACAUCACUAAUGAAGCCAUGGACGAAUUCGGUCAGGCUUCAGUACCGGGAGCAUGGAUGGUGGAUUUGAUUCCCGCCCUGAAAUAUGUCCCCAGCUGGUUCCCAGGCGCUGGCUUCAAGCGAACCGCAAAUCUUUGGAGAGAACAUCUCGGACGCAUUGCUGACCGACCCUAUGAUUUUGUGAAACAACAGAUUGAACAUAGAAAAUCCAAGCCAUCGUACCUCGGCAAAAUCCUUCAGGCUGGGUUCCCCGAGUCAGGAUCCGAGAAAGAGCUAGUUGCGAAAUGGACUGCCGCGUCACUUUACACUGGCGGUGCGGACACCACUGUCUCUUCUAUCAACUGCUUCUACCUUGCCAUGGCGCUGUUCCCUGACGUCCAGCGCAAAGCCCAAGAGGAAAUUGACCGUGUGCUUGGACCAAAUACGCUUCCCAGCAUAGAACAUCGCGGGAACUUGCCAUAUGUCAACGCUAUGGUAAAGGAAGUUUUACGAUGGCAUCCAGUCGCGCCAAUGGGUCUUCCACACAUGUCGACAGCAGAUGACACCUACGGAAAAUACUUCAUCCCGAAGGGAUCGAUUAUUCUCGCCAACAUCUGGGCCACGAUGCACGAUCCUGAGGUGUACCCCGACCCCAUGGCAUUCCAGCCCGAGCGAUAUCUCGGCGAAACACCCGCGCCAGACCCUCACGCGCUCGUCUUCGGAUUCGGACGCCGCGUGUGUCCUGGUCGAUUCUUAGCUGACAAUACACUUUUCCUGAGCGUGGCUCAGUCACUUGCUGCAUUCAAUAUCAGCAGAGCUCGGCAAGGUGGCGUGGAGGUUACGAUCCCGCAAUUCGAACCUGGAGUCAUUAGCCAUGCCUCGCCUUUCCAGUGUGAUAUUGAGCCGCGAAGCUCGGAGAUCGAAGCUCUCAUCUUGUCAGUGGAGCAAGAACAUCCUUGGGAGGAAAGUGAUGCGGCAGAAUUGCAAAAAGUUGGAUAUUGA